AUGUAUCAUAGGUAUGGACGACGAGAAACUCUGAAAGCACCAUGGAGAAUAUUGCGCCUGACUUCCUCAUCAACACUGUUCAAUCAUCAGGGCAGAAGAUGGACAUCGACACCCUACUUCGUUCUGGAUCACCGCCAUUUCAGCACCAACCACCGACUCUCCAAAGCCUCCCCUCUCUCAGAGGCCUUUACAUUCAACGCACCCUCGAACCGACCAUUAAGCGACAUCACAAUCGUGGCACUAGAACAGGUCAUCUCCAUGCCCCUCGCGACGCGACACCUCUCGGACCUGGGGGCACGUGUGAUCAAGAUCGAGCGGCCGGGAACGGGAGAUUUCGUACGACAGCACGACCAGCGCGUCCGGUCCAAACUGUGCAGCCACUUCGUAUGGAUCAAUCGGAAUAAGGAGUCGCUGGCUCUCGACAUUAAGAACCCGGAGGACAUGGCGGUGUUAAAGAAGGUGCUAUGCGAGAAAGCCGACGUGUUCGUUCAGAAUCUACGACCGGGAGACGCCGAGAAGAUGGGCCUCGGGUACGAAGCUGUGAAGGCGAUGGUGAAUGCCGCUCACCCAGGCGAGGCGAGGGGAGAUCGAUUGAUCUACGCAUCAAUCAGCGGCUAUGGAUCCAACGGGCCGUACGCGCACAAGAAAGCAUACGAUCUUCUCAUUCAAGCAGAGGCGGGCUUGCUGAGCAUCACCGGCACGGAGGGCGACGACGGGAUGGCCAAAGUCGGCUGCUCCAUUGCCGACAUUGCCGCGGGCAUGUACGGGUACAGCAACAUCCUAGGCGCCAUCAUCCAGCGCCAAAAGACAGGGCGAGGAUGCGAACUUGACAUCUCCAUGCUGGAAGCGCUGGUCGAAUGGAUGGGUUUCCCCAUGUACUAUGCACAUGAGGGGCAGACGGGACCGAAACGCGCAGGGGCCAGCCACGCAAGCAUCUACCCCUACGGCCCAUUCUCGACCGGCGGCGGUGGCAAGGUAAUGCUAGGCGUGCAGAACGAGCGGGAAUGGAUGAUCCUCGCCACCCAGGUACUAGAGCGGGAGGAUUUGACGACGGAACCGAAGUUUAGGGACACGGCGUCGCGCAGCGAAAACAGAGACGAACUCGAGGCCGUCAUCAGUGGGAUUUUCACGCAGUGGGAUGUGGGCGAAGUGACGAGGCGGUUGGAGAAGGCGGGUAUCGCGAACGCAAAGGUCAAUGAUAUGCAAGGCGUGUGGGAGCAUCCGCAGCUCAAGGCCCGGGGGAGAUGGAAGGAAGUGGACAGUGAGGUGGGACCAAUUAAGGCGUUGCUACCGCCGGGGAUGAGUGCGGACGUCGAGGCGAGAAUGGAGAGGAUCCCAGCCGUGGGAGAACAUAAUGAGCAGAUAUUCAAGGAGUUGGGAGUGAAAUAG